GCAGAUGUUCUCGUGUGGUCUUACGCCGAGAAAAAAGAAAUUGCGAAGUUCAUCUUGCACAAAGUGAAAGUACAGGCCCUAGCCUUUUCACCUAAAGGGGAUUAUCUGGUGACGCUUGGGGGUCAAGACGAUGGAAGUGUCGUUCUCUGGUCGCUCACUCGAAAGACAUCUAUCUGCGGUAGCCCUGCCCAGCCAACCUGCGCCGGAAUCACUCGAUGUCUAGCUUUUGCCAAAUCAAGGGAAGAUAUGUUUUUCACCGGCGGCGAAAAUAAUGUGAGAAUAUGGAAAGCAGAAGUCGCAAGACGAAAGAUUAUUCCAACUGACUGCAAUCUUAACAAGUAUAAGCGAACUGUUACUUAUAUUGUACCCAACAAAACCGACGAUAAAAUAUUUUGUGGAACGCUCUCUGGUGACGUCUUAGUUGUCAAUGUGGAGUCUGCGAUAUUACAGUUAGUAGCUCCUGAAAAAGACAAGUUCAGUCUUGGAAUAAGUUCAAUUUAUCUGGUCGAUGAAAGUUCAAUCAUUUUCGGAGCUGGAGAUGGAACGGUUCAACUUUUCAAUAUUUCCUACAAAACUAUGAAAGGAAACUGUGUUAUGUCCCUACAUCGGUCCGAACACACGCAAAAAGUUAUGGGUGCAGUAACAAGCAUCUCCUUGCGUGGCGAAGGUCAUCAGUUUUUCGUAGCAACGGACAAAAGUCAUGUGUACCGCUUCAACUUUUCUGAUUUCUCCCACGAGCUCGUGAAAACCUGCCACAGUUCGGCCGUUAACGAUGUCAAAUUUGCAAACAACUGCGCCGAUUUGUUUGUGACCUGCUCCUUUGAGGAUAUACGUGUAUUCAACACGCCCACACAACAGGAACUUCUGCGUAUCAAUAUUCCCAACAUGGUCUGCUAUACAAUUGAUAUAAUGAAGGAUGGCACAUCCAUCGUUUCCGGUUGGGAUGACAGCAAAAUUCGAGCAUUCGCACCUGAAAGUGGUCGUCUAAUGUACACAGUACAGGACGCACAUAAAAAGGAAAGCAUCAACCCCCAGUUUGCCAAGAGUCUCAAAAAUCCUUAUUCAAGAAAUCGUCGAGAGGUGGCCUAUGAACCCAACUCUGUGAUCACCACUACCCUGGAGGCUAACAUGAAGGAGCACGCCAAUGCUGUCUCCUGCGUUCAAAUAAACAAGGACGACACCAAAUGUGCCUCUUCCUCCGCUGAUGGAACCUGCAUUAUUUGGGACCUGAUAGAGUACAAGCGACUUCAAAUAAUUUUCGCCAACACACUAUUCCGCGUCAUCUGUUUCCAUCCAAGCGAAGUUCAAGUUCUCACCGCAGGCACUGAUCGGAAGAUUGGAUAUUGUGAGCUCUAUGAUGGCUCCCUCAUCAGAGAACUGGACGCUUCACGUUCUGGCUCCAUCAAUGGCAUGGACAUCACCAGUGAUGGCAAUGUCUUCGUCACUGGCGGCGAUGAUGAAAUUGUGAAGGUUUGGCGCUACAGUGAGGGCGACGUGACGCAUGUGGGUCUCGGGCACUCAUCGCCAAUCACUCGACUACGCAUAUCACCGGAUCAGAAGUUGGUGAUCACUGUCAGUGAGGACGGCGGCAUCUUCAUCUGGAAGAUGCCACCUCGUUAA